UUUACUUGAUUUUGAUGGUUCAAGGUGUCUUUUCUGGGUUUGGGAUGGGCCUAACGUAUGGUCCCUGCAUGGCAGUCAUCUCUCAGCACUUCUCCAAAAGACGCACGUUGGUAAUGUCUCUCGUCGCAGUCCGGUUCACCAAUGGGUGCCGUUAUUCAUCCGAUCAUGCUGAAUCACCUUUUGAAUGGCACUGUUGGCUUUGUGCGAGGUGUCCGUGCCAGUGCAGGUUUUGUUAGUGCCCUUUUACUAAUCGCCUGCUUAUCCAUGCGCACGAGAGCACUAUCAACAUCGAAACCGACCAUCAGCUAUAGUACAGCUGUGCGAAAAUGCUUUCGCGAUGUUUUCUUCAUCCUCAUAAUUGCCGGGGCAACAAUAUUUCAGAUUGGGUAUUACUUCCCUAUAUUUUACCUGCAACUCGACUCUAUCAAACAUGGAAUUGACGUCCAUUUCUCGUUCUAUUCCCUUGUAAUCAUGAAUGCUGCCUGUGUCAUUGGCCGUUGCACGGCAGGAAUGAUUGCAGUGUAUACGGGGGUAUUGAACUUCACGAUCGUAUCCACUGUCGCAUGCAGUGCUAUCAUAAUGUCCAUGAUAGCUCUGAGUGACGUGGUCAGUGUGGUUAUGUUAGGACUUGUGUACGGCUACUUUUCUGGUGCUUAUGUCGCGCUGAUGGUACCGUUGGUGACUAUGUUCACGCCUGACUUGUCCGAGCUAGGAGCGCGAUUUGGGAUAUGUUUUGCCUUCACCGCCUUUAGUGGAUUACUCGGUGGCCCAAUAUCAGGAGCUUUGCUUUCUUCCCAGUAUAGGUGGUGGUUAGCGUCGCUCUUCAGUGGGCUCAUCUCAUUUGUCGGAAGUUCCAUGCUUGUAGUGACGCGCUUGAUGAUAUACCGCAGACGGUAAAUGUAAGACACUAUAGCCACUCACAGUGCGCGGAAACUAGGCGAAGUUCCCGCGUGUUCUAUGUACGCUUUUU